UCGUUUAUAAAUGUUCGUUUAUAAUUAUUUUAUUUGAAUAACAGAAAUAAUGAAAAUGAAUACUUAUAAAUUUUAAAAGUAUAUUGUAUUUAUAUAGUUACAAUAUCAUUGAUCAUACUAAAUUCUUAUGGAUGCACAUCAAAGCAAUUUUGAUCUUUUUGAUUUAGACAAUAUAACUUCUACAAGUCAAAUAAAUUUAGAGGUUGGGGCUCAAUUUGAAUCAUUUAAUGAUUUGCAGGAAGCUAUAAAUAGAUAUGAGAAUAUAGUAUAUACAAAUUACCAUAUAGUGACAUGUACUAAACUUACCAAUUUUGAUCAAAAAAUUAUUCAUACAAUGAUUUAUAAAUACAUACGUUAUGUCUACAUUCAUGGUGGAAGAAAAUUUAAAAGUUGUGGGAAAGGAAAAUGACUUACCCAAACAUUGCAAAAAAAUUGCCAAAAUAGUUUCUCAGUUAAGCAAUAAUAAAAGAAAAAAGACAUAUGCUUGAGGUUACAAAAAUGAAUUCUGAUCAUAAUCAUGAUUUGGAUUCUAAUUUAUUAAAAUGCUUACUGAAGCAGCAUGACCUCCAACAAAAAGGAGUUUACACAACAAAUCGGGAUUUGUACAAUAUAAAAAAGAAAAUAUUAUAUCUACCAGGAGACUCUGAGCUCCUGAUAUAUAAAAGAUGUCGAACAAAAACAUCCAUUGAAACAAGUUAGUGAAGUAGAAAUCAAUUUCAAUAAUAUUAAAAAUAUUGAAAUGCCAGAAAAAAUGAGUCCUGGAUAUUUGAAAAGACGCAAAGAUGCUAAAAAUAUGAGAAAAGUUAAAGUGAUGAAAGAAAAACAAAUAAAUAACAUCAAUAUAAUGGACAAAAAAAUAAUCACAACUUUAAGCAUAUGGUAGAUAUGAAAGGUACUAGUUUUCCCUCAUCAAUAAAAAUUUUCACAAAUAGUAAACCCUUGCAAACUCUUUCUGAAAACACAAGAUGUGCUAAUGCUAAAAAGCACACUGCUGGCUUAUCAGAUAAGAAUAUAGUUAUCCAUUCUUGUGAUUAUGAUAGACAAAAAGAUUCUUUUAGGCCUCUAUUAAAUACAAAUCAAUUACAAAAAAAGAUAUUACCAGAGGAUACUUCUGCGAAAACAAACAAUGUACUCCACAGUUCCUUACUACCACAUGGAACUAGUAUUAGGCCAUUAAAUCCUUUUAGGAUUUUACCAAAUAAUAUGCCCAAACUGACAUUACCAUUAAAUAACACCACAAAUGUCCCAACUUCAAAUUUUUCUUUUGUGAAAGUUGGGAAUAUAUCUACAAGCUCAAAUCAAAUUAGAACGUUAUCAUUUUUUAAAUAAAAUAUUUAAUAUUAAUUUUUAUAUAAUCAAUAGUACAAAUAUUAUUUUUUUAUAAAUUAUAGAAAAAUAUUUGUUUUAUUGAGUCACUUCUAAAUAAUGCAAUA